AUGACAGAAGAAUCCUACCCGAAGACGCUGUAUGUGGGCAAUCUGGACACAUCGGUCACGGAGGACCUGCUGUGCACACUGUUCAACCAGAUGGGCUCGGUCAAGAGCUGCAAGAUCAUCCGGGAGGCGAGCAACGAUCCGUACGCGUUCAUCGAGUACGCGAACCACACGUCCGCGCAGACGGCGCUCGCCGCCAUGAACAAGCGUGUUUUUCUCAAGAAGGAAAUCAAAGUGAACUGGGCCACCAGCCCGGGCAACCAGCCGAAGACGGACACCAGCCAGCACUAUCACAUCUUCGUCGGUGACCUCAGCCCGGAGAUCGAGACGGAAACGUUGCGCGAGGCGUUUGCGCCGUUCGGCGAGAUUUCCAACUGUCGCAUCGUGCGCGACCCGCAAACACUCAAAUCGAGGGGCUACGCGUUCGUGUCGUUCGUGAAGAAGGCUGAAGCGGAAAAUGCGAUCGCGAUGAUGAACGGACAGUGGCUGGGGUCGCGCUCGAUUCGCACCAACUGGUCUACCCGCAAGCCCCCGGCACCGCGCGAAAACUCAAAGGGUAUCAAAAGUGGCAAAACGCCUGGUUUCGAAGAGAUCUACAACAACACCAGUCCCACCAACACGACUGUGUAUUGUGGCGGGUUUCCACCGAACACGAUCACCGACGAUCUGAUCCAGAAGCACUUUGCCCAGUUUGGCCACAUACACGACACGCGGGUGUUCAAGGACAAGGGCUACGCGUUCAUACGGUUCGCGAGCAAGGAGUCGGCGGCACGCGCCAUCGAAGGCACGCACAACAGCGAGGUACAGGGCCACCCGGUGAAGUGCUACUGGGGCAAAGAGAACGGCGGGGACGUCAACAGCAACGGUAUCAACAAUGCGACCGCCUCGGCGAUCGCUGCGGCCGCCGCUUCCGGGAUGAUCGGUAUGAACGGCGGCAUGGUGAGCCCGCUGCAACAAAUGCAGCCAAAUGCGGCUGCGGCCGCAGCAGCCGCUGCCAAUCUGGCAGCCGUCCAUCAGCACAGUGCCAACACGCAGCUCUCGCAAGCUUCGGCCGCCGCGGCCGCUGCCGGUGCACAGUAUCCUUACUCGCCCGCUUACGGCCAGAUUGGUGCAUACUGGAUCCCGGGAGGAUACCCUCAGAUUCAAACCCAGUAUAUGCAGCAGGGAUAUUACGCCUAUCCGACGGCAUACGCUGCUGCGGCCCCGCAACAAUCUGGUGCCGGAGGGUACCGUAUGAUGCAGCCUAAUAUGGCCGCAACCGGCUGGGGAAUGCAGACUGUACCGACGGUGACGACGAAUGGGGCAGCAGCUGCGGCAGCCGCAGCCGCGGCCGCUGCAUCGUCCCAGCAGCCAAUGAUGUACGCGACGAUGCCCCAGUUCCAGACGCAAUGA